CUCCUCCUUCUCGAGCAGCUCGGGCCUUGUUUCCCCAGUCCCACAUACACUCCGGCCGGGGCCUACCCAGACAGUAAGGGGUGCCCCUCCCCCCCCAAAAAACCUCGGCGCCCCCUCCACCGCCCUGCCCCGACAGCCAUGAACAUCUUCCGAUUCCUGGGGGACAUUUCCCACCUCUUGGCAAUUAUCAUCCUCUUGCUGAAGAUCUGGAAGUCGAGGUCCUGUGCGGGGAUCUCUGGAAAGAGCCAGAUUCUCUUUGCUGUUGUGUUCACCACCCGCUACCUGGACCUGGUCACCAACUUCAUCUCCCUCUACAACACCUCCAUGAAGAUGGUGUACAUCGCCUGCUCCUAUGCCACAGUUUGGCUGAUCUACAGCAAGUUCAAAGCCACAUAUGAUGGGAACCAUGACACCUUCCGUGUGGAGUUCCUCGUGGUGCCCACCGCUGUGCUGGCCUUCCUGGUGAACCAUGACUUCACUCCGCUGGAGAUCCUCUGGACAUUCUCCAUCUACCUGGAGUCGGUGGCCAUCUUGCCGCAGCUGUUCAUGGUGAGCAAGACGGGGGAGGCGGAGACCAUCACCAGCCACUAUCUCUUCGCCCUGGGCAUCUACCGCACCCUCUACCUCUUUAACUGGAUCUGGCGCUACCAGCAGGAGGGCUUUUUUGACCUGAUUGCCAUAGUGGCUGGGCUGGUGCAGACCAUCCUCUACUGUGACUUCUUCUACCUCUACAUCACAAAAGUUCUAAAAGGUAAGAAGUUAAGUUUGCCAGCAUAGUGGCAUCCUGCUCCCGCUGCCCUCUGUCAGCCCCUAGAAGGAAGCCUGUGCACAUGCAGACGACAGACACAUACCGUUUGACUCUGUUUUUUGACCAACUGGACCAACUACAAGUCAAGCUGAGCUCUCCUAUAUUUACUGUCACCUGGAAACGCUAGCACUUGAGCAAGAGACCAUGGCGAUUUGGUAGGAAACAGCUGAUGCCUUUUUUUGGCAAAGAUGGUUCUCUGGGUUUCAGAGUCUGUGGGAUUUUUUUGCCUUUUGAAAACACCCAGUCCCAUUUCUCCUGCCCCUUCUCUUCUUUUUCUCCCUCUUCCCAAACAGCCGAGGACAUUUUAAACGAGCUUCUCUCUUCCCUUUCGGCUGAUCCCUUGCUUGUAUAGCCAGACAGGUUUGCUGAGGUCUUUGGUGCCUGCAGCGUGGUUUUUGUCAUUGUCUGCUCAGAUGAAGGCCAGGUUUUUUGGGGUGCUCUGUGUUCGAGGUGUAGGGUGGGAGCAUUGUUUCACACCACAGGGGGAGGCAUUUAAACAGCUUCUGGUUCCUUUUGAUAAAAAUCCAUUUUUUUUUCAUUUUGAGGUGGGAAUUGAAUCUGUCUCUCAGUUUAUUCCUUUUUUAUUGGUGAAGAGGAUGUGACACACUAAAUUCUGUAAAUUUCCUUGUUUUGUACAUAAUUGAUGGUUAAUUCCUUGUUCACUUUAAAUAAACAGAAGAAAACAA